GAACUGUUACUCAGGGACACAGAAUUGUUACUGAGGGACACAGAAUUGUUACUGAGGGACACAGAAUUGUUACUGAGGGACACAGAAUUGUUACUGAGGGACACAGAAUGUUACUCAGGGACACAGAAUUGUUUACUCAGGGACACAGAACUGUUACUCAGGGACACAGAAUUGUUACUCAGGGACACAGAAUUGUUACUCAGGGACACAGAAAUGUUACUCAGGGACACAGAAAUGUUACUCAGGGACACAGAAAUGUUACUCAGGGACAGACACAGAAUUGUUACUGAGGGACACAGAAUUGUUACUGAGGGACACAGAAUUGUUACUCAGGGACACAGAACUAAUCGUUGAAUUAAAGAGUAUGUCAGACAACACGCAGAGGAGUGGCAGAGCAGGCAAUGUUUCAGGAGCGAGCAGACGUGGCAGCAGAGGAAGGGGUCGAGGCAGC